UACAUCAGUUUGUUAGAAGGGAAGCAAGAUGAAGACUUACUAUCAGUUGUGCAUCCUGGUUGCCAUGGUGUUCAGGGUUCGCUCAGACCCAAUACCACUGACUAAUGACUCGAAUGAUGAAGAGUUUGCAAAGAAUUACUUGAAGAAACUGUACAACAUGCAAGAUGAGAACAAACCAUCUUUGGGGCGCAAGGUCAAUGAGAUGAGCUUGAAGCUCAGUGAGAUGCAGCAGUUUUUCAAGUUAAAUGUGACAGGAACUCUGGACGCUGAAACACUGGAGAUGAUGAAGAAGCCCCGCUGUGGUGUUCCAGAUGUUUCUUCAUACAGGGCCAUAGCUUUUUCUAACAAAUGGUCUAAAAACAGCUUGACCUACAGAAUUGAGAAUUACACUCCUGACAUGUCUAAGGCUGAAGUGGACGACUCUAUCGAGAGAGCGCUGCAAGUCUGGGCUCGGGUCACUCCACUGAAGUUUACUCGCAUCUACGAUGGUGUAGCCGACAUCAUGAUCUCUUUUGCUGUCGGAGAUCACCGUGAUGGAUCUCCAUUUGAUGGACCUAAUGGUAUCUUGGCUCAUGCAUUUUUCCCUUCCCCUGGCAUCGGUGGAGACGCCCAUUUUGAUGAUGAUGAGACCUUCACCUUCAAAUCUUCGCGGGGAUACAACCUGUUCAUCGUGGCUGCUCAUGAAUUUGGACACUCUUUGGGCCUUGACCAUUCUAAUGUUCCUGGUGCUCUGAUGUAUCCAACAUACAGCUACAGCCCUCCUGACACGUUUGUUCUGCCCAGAGAUGAUGUUAAUAGAAUUCAGUCUCUGUAUGGAUCAAGUACUGUCAAUCCCGAUAAGCCUGACCCUGAACCACCAGUCAACCCUAAUGCCUGUGUCCCGGAUGCUGUUACAACCCUGCAUGGAGAAAAGCUCUUCUUCAAGAACAGGUUCCUCUGGCGCAGUCACCCACAGCUUACCACAACCACAAAAUAUCCGAUCAAGCGUUUCUGGCGCAAUAUUCCAGAUAAUAUUGAUGCUGCUUUUGAGCAUACAUCAGCUGAUUUGGUGUACAUCAUUAAAGGUCAGAAGGUCUGGGCUGUUCGCAGUUUCAAGGUUGUGAAAAGCAUGAGUCUCAGUGCCUUGGGCUUGCCAGCAGCAGUGAAGCAGAUCGACGCUGCCCUUUAUGAUGAAUUUUCCAGAAAGGUGCUGUUUUUUGUUGGCAGGUCAUACUACAGCUACGACAUGAACAGGAAGGCGAUGGACAGAGGCUACCCGAAAUUAGUGACAACAAGCUUCCCAGAAGUGACCAAAAAAGUUACUGCAGCUUUUCAGGAAGAUGGUUAUAACUAUCUCUUCAGUGGGUCAGAGGUUUUCCAGUAUAAUAACGGAAGGCUGGUGAAGGUGCUGAAAAGCAACCACUUCUUGCAGUGUGAAGCAGGUGCCUGCAAAUCCCAUGCAGCUGAUCUCAACCAAGUCACACUGGGUUCUCCGCUUGAUUCAGCAGCCCUGCUCCACAAGUUCCUCAAAAUUCUUGUUGGCAUCUUCAGAAUCCCACUUAGAUAUGGAAAGAACAAGCAGAACCUCUUCAUGCUAAAAGGAAAUUUAAAGAGACUGUGCAAAACCAGAAAGAGAAGCAAGAUGAAGACUUACUACCAGUUGUGCAUCCUGGUUGCCAUGGUGUUCAGGGUUCGCUCAGACCCGAUACCACUGACUAAUGACUUGAAUGAUGAAGAGUUUGCAAAGAAUUACUUGAAGAAACUGUACAACAUGCAAGAGGAGAACAAACCAUCUUUUGGGCGCAAGGUCAAUGAGAUGAGCUUGAAGCUCAGUCAGAUGCAGCAGUUUUUCAGGUUAAAUGUGACAGGAACUCUGGACACGGAAACAUUGGAGAUGAUGAAGAAGCCCCGCUGUGGUGUUCCAGAUGUGGCUGCUUUCAGUGCUGACUCGUCAAGUAAUAAGUGGCCCACCAACAAACUGACGUACAGGAUUGAGAAUUACACUCCUGACAUGUCUGUGGCUGAAGUGGAUGACUCUAUCGAGAGAGCGCUGCAAGUCUGGGCUCGCGUCACUCCCCUGAGGUUCACUCGCAUCUACAGCGGUGUAGCCGACAUCAUGAUCUCUUUUACUGUCGGAGAUCAUGGUGAUGGAUCCCCAUUUGAUGGACCUAAUGGUCUCUUGGCUCAUGCAUUUGGCCCCGCUGUUGGCCUUGGUGGAGACACCCAUUUUGAUGAUGAUGAGACCUUCACGUUCAAGUCUGAUGAUGGAUACAUCUUGUUCUUGGUGGCGGCACAUGAAUUUGGUCACGCCCUGGGCCUGGACCAUUCCAGUGAUCCUGGAGCACUCAUGAAUGCAAGGUACACCUACAGAGAUGUUGACAACUUCCUUCUUCCUGGAGACGACGUCGGAAAAAUUCAGGCUCUCUAUGGUCCAAACCCUGAAAUGCCUGAUGUGCCCACACCUCCAUCCACUCCUAAUGCCUGUGACCGCAAUCUGGUCCUGGAUGCUGUUACAACCCUGCGUGGAGAGAUGUAUUUCUUCAAGGAUAAAUUUUUCUGGCGCCUCCACCCUCAGAACCCUCAAACUGAACAAUUUCUGAUUAAGAGCUUUUGGCCUGAGCUUCCAGAUAAUAUUGACGCUGCUUUCGAGGAUCCAUCAGAUGACUUGGUGUACAUCUUUAAAGGUCAGAAGGUCUUGGUUCUCAACGCUUAUGACGUUGUGAAUCGCAAGACUCUCAGUAGCUUCGGCUUGCCGGCCAGUGUGAAGAAGAUCACCGCUGCCCUUUAUGAUGAGUAUACCGGAAGGGCUUUGUUCUUCACUGGCAAAAAAUACUACAGCUACGACACAACCAACAAAAAGAUGGACAAGGGUUACCCUAAACUGGUGGACAAGAGAUUCCAGGGAAUGACAGGAAAAGUCUUGGCAGCCUUCCAGCAAAGGGGUUUCACCUACCUCAUCAGUGGACCACGCAUAUUCGAGUUUAGUAAAACAUCUUUGAUGCGUGUGCUGGAUAACAAACACUUCCUGCGGUGUUAAAAGACAUGAAUGCCUUUUAUGCUUUUAUCUUAUACCUGUCUUUCAGUGACAGUGAAUGUGCCGAUAAUACAGUAAACUAUUUAAUAAUUUAAAAAGAAAAUUGUUAUUAAUUUAUGAGUCAUUUCCUUAACAACUGUAAUUCCUUAUGUUGUACUAUU